AUUAUCUAUGAUUAUAGGUUAUUUGAUCAAUUUUACGUGCUGUUAUUAACUCAAGUUUUGAAUUAUUCAGACAAUUACGCUGUACUUUCUUCAAUUUUGCUUCUAAAAAUUGUUUACAAUUACUAAAUCAAGAGGUAAAGAUGGUAAUAAACAUCGGGGACGUAGUUUAUCCGGGUGAUACAAUAAAUAACGUAGAAAGUCUUAGAGGUGUCACGUUAUUCGGCCCAGGAUUACAUAGAAGUGAUAAACCCAACAAGUUACAAAUAACCCGAGCUGGAAUAUUAAGUUUUAAAACACCGAAUGUUUAUUGGGUUGAAAGUUUGCAAAAAAGAUACGUUCCCAAAAAGGGCGAUUUGGUUGUUGGUGUGGUGUCUAAGAAAGCAGGAGAUGUCUUAAAAGUAGACAUAUGCAGCAGUGAAUUGGCGUCUUUGUCGACACUAGCCUUUGAAGGAGCUACAAAAAAACAGAGACCUGAUCUUCAGGUAGGAGAUUGUGUUUAUGCAAGAUUACUAAGUGCUCAUCGAGAAAUGGAACCAGAAUUAGUUUGUGUAGAUUCAUAUUAUAAAGCUGGGAAAUUGGGACCCUUAUCAGUCGACGGAUUCUUAACUACGGUCAGCUUAAAUUUAGUGAAUCGUCUGUUAAACAUUGAGAAUCCAUUAUUAAGAACUUUAGGAAAGAAAUAUGUGUAUGAAAUUGCAGUAGGGAUGAAUGGUAGAGUCUGGAUAAAUGCACGUAGUACAAAGGAUAUCUUAGCUAUAGUGACUGCAUUACAAGCUGCUGAACAUCAAAGUGACAAGACAAUUCUGGAAAUAUGUAGAAAAUAUUAAAGGAAUUAAAAUUG